AUUGGCAUAAUAGUAUUGUUUACGGUUAUUAAGCUUAAAGUUACGUUUUGUCGGUUAUUGAUUGUUUUGAUACGAUUACUGAGGGGCUUGGCCUGUAGCGGAAAACUACUGGACAACUCAGAAAUUUCUCAAUACUUUCUUACAGUAUCAAUAUUGAUUUGAACGGUAUAAGUAAAACACGACUUGCUUUGAUAGAGAUAUCAAAAUUAUCUUACGAGAUAAAACAGAGCUGACAUUCACGAUUUUGCACUAACAGUUUCGGUAUCUAGUCACUAGAUUUUCUAGACUAAAAAAGUCUUGCGUGACGUCAAAAGAGUGUGUUUUCUCUCGUGUUUUGAUACCAACCUUGUGCUUAAAUGCCUGAAAGAAAAUGGGGAGGGAAAGGAACAGAUCGUGCCAACUGAAGGAAUUUUCACUCGCUCGGAGACCGACUUACAUCAAAGUGAAUCUAGAAACAAUUUUGGAUAAUCUAAAAAUACUGAAAACAUAUCUAGCUAAACAUACAGAAAUUAUCGCUGUGGUAAAAGCGAACGCUUACGGACAUGGCGCUGUAGGAGUUUCCAGGUUUCUAGAAAAGCACGGGAUCUCGCACUUUGCUGUAGCCACCGCUUUAGAAGGGGAAGAGUUAAGAGCUGCCGGUAUACACUGCAACAUUCAAGUCUUAGGAAAUGCGUCCGAAGACGAGAUAUCGACGUUGUACGAAAAUCGUCUCAUACCAACCGCAGCCAACGUGAAAUUUCUAUCGUCAUGGUUACGCCAUUGGCGACAACAGCAGAGAAACACCCUCGGUGUCGAGAAUGUGGGGCCAGUUGGCAGCGUUGUGAUCAAGGUAGACUCUGGAAUGUCAAGAAACGGCUGUCAACCUGGGCAGUUACGGUCUUUAGUCGAGUUUUGUGAGAACAACAACAUACCUAUACACAGCAUUAUGACGCAUUUUGCUCAGUCAUGGGACAACCCGGAUUUUACACAGACACAAAUGAAUACAUUCACUGAAACAGUAGCUCCAUAUAGAAAACGGGGUAUAAAGUUACACGUGGCGAAUUCAGGUGCCAUCUUAAACAACAUUGGUGUGGACCUAGACUACGUCCGGCCUGGAAUCUCUAUGUACGGACAACCACCUGAUACAAGUGAAUUUGGAAUCAACACGACCAAGAAAGCUGGCUUGAAACCAGCGAUAAGCUGGUACGCCAAGACCAGUAUUGUCAACGACCUUGAUCCCGGGCGAGUUGUCGGGUAUGAUCAGACAUACAAAUGUACCGAGAAUGAGAGGAUAGCUGUUAUACCAGUUGGAUACGCCGACGGUUACCUUAGAAACAUGUUUAAAAAUGGUUACGUAUCAACACUAGAUGGUGUUGUAUGCCCAGUUGUUGGCCGUGUUUCUAUGGAUGCAAUCACGGUUAAACUUCCGGAAGAAGCCAAGGAAUGUCGGGAAUUCAUUCUGCUGGCCUCUGACUUUAAUGACUUGAACUCGGCAGUAGCAAUAUCAAAAAUUCAGAACACUAUACCUUACGAAGUGUGUACGAACAUCGCAAACCGUGUUCCAAGACUUUACGAGUUUAGUGGUGAUACAGUGACAAUUGCAGGAGUAUAGGAGUAGCAGAGGCCUUGCUCACAUGAAGCUCUUUCCUUCAGUAAAGACUUUUCUUAAUAUAAAAGUAACCAUGAUAGGUCUGUAGACACCAAGGCGUGUUUGUAAAACAUUAGUGUUCAUCUCGUCUGGAAAUCGAGAAUGUCCUUACAUAGCGGGGCUUGUCUUUAAUAUUAACAGGAACACACACACGAUGUGAUAAAAUCUUAGAACGAAAUAUAACGCUUGGAUGGAAAUUUAGCUUCAUAUGAACUGGGUCUCCGUAUCAGCACUGUGAUAAAUUGCUCAAAUUCCUUUACUGUUCAUUGUACUAAACAUCAUUCAUCCACGUAUUUAGGAAUCGUGUCUUUCAUUUGUGAUAUAUUGUUGAUGAAAUCAUAACAAUUUGAAAAUAAAUAAUAAUGUUUA